UUACAUUGGCAACACUGAUCAAUUAAUGUCAUCGCUAGUCCGACAGUCGACACAUAGUCGACACGAAAUUUCAAAAUUCAUGCAUUUUGUGUUGUGACGGAUAAAGUGAGAAUUCUUUAAUGUGUUUCCCUUUAUUGUACCAACUACAUUGGUAAUGAUGUCCACUUUUAAAAUAUACAAUGCUACAGAAUUAUGGCAGAGAGAAACUUCUUUACCUUCUAUACCUUCGUUUAGUUUAAGCUUAGAUAAUGCACUCGGAAACGAUGGGCUUCAGUUAGGGUCUAUUACUGAAUUAAUAGGACUGCCAGGCUCAGGAAAAACACAAUUAUGUUUACAAUUCUGUGCUUCUGUUCAAAUACCUAAAGUCCUCGGAGGACUAAGCUCUGAAGCCUUAUACAUCGACACCAACACAAAUUUUAGUAUUUAUAGGUUUAAAGAAAUCCUCUUUGCAAGCCUCAGCAAAUGCCAGAGGCUACUGCACACAAGCAUAGCAGUGCAAGAAGAAGAUGCUCUAAAGAAAUUACACUACAUGGAUGCAUUUGGCUUGGAGAAGUUCUGUGCAUGUAUUCACAAUUUAUCUAAAUUUAUUCAGCAGCAUCCUAAUAUAAAACUCAUAAUAAUAGACUCAAUUGUAUUCCCAUUCAAAGACGGCAUAUCUACUAAAAAAAGAACUGGGCUACUCUUCCGGCUGAUGGCAGAGUUACAUAAAACAUCAUUGGAAAACCAAAUAGCUGUGGUGUUAACGAACGAGAUGAGCACCCGCGUGGGUCUCUCCUCGGGCGCCAGCGUGGGGGCGCUGGGCGACGCGUGGGCGCACCGCUGCUCGCGCCGCGUGCUGCUGGCGGAGCGCAACGGAGACCGUGCGGCGCUAGUGCUCAAGUCGAAUGACGCACCUAACGCAGUUGGCACCUUCAAGAUAACCGAGGAAGGAAUAAGGGACGUAGAAUAAAACCAAAUUGUAGAACAUAGUUUAAUUAUUAAUGUAAAUAUAUUGUAAACGAAACUACAGCAUCAAUAAAUAUCUCAUUUCACAAAAAUAUCAAGCUUUUUCUAUCAUCUCAACAGUUAUACAAUGUAAAGGCAGUUUCAGAUCGGAACUUAGCUUAUGCGCACAACAUCAAUUCAUAACAACAUGGAGUCUUAUAUUAUGCGUAUCGUCGCUAUUGUACGAGAGUGAGUAACACGCGUUUGUAGUCUCCCUUCGUAUCACCCUGGAAAACAUUACAUUUGAUUUGUACAAACGACCUAACAGACCAUGUUACAAUAUAGGCACGCAUGCAAGAGAGUCUGCCUCUAGAGCAGCUUAAUAAGAAAGGGCGACUAGGACAUCUCGGAAAUCGCCGGUUAUGUCUUCCUGCAAACAAUACCGAAAACGAAGCUGUAAUAAGCGUAAAACUUAAUACGAAACUGGCCCACAAUUUCA